CCAGUAACAAGAAGGAAUAAUCCAAAUGUCCAAAAUUAACUUAAAGAAAAUAGGAGUCGACCAUCAUACGUUUCCAACGAAGAGGUUGGAAAAUCUUCCUGUCGCUUUUCAUGAGACUGACUGUCACGGCGUGUAGGCUCUGUCGCCUUCUCCGUAGGGCGGGAAAUUCAUUAAAUGUAACCUGAGUUCACCAAUGGCUCAGUUCGUGACGCAUAUACAACCGACGUUGGUCGAGGCCGCGCAUCACCACCUACCCCACCACCACAAAGAACACCACGAGAAACACCACAAGGAUGUCGCCGAGCACCAAAACGGCAAGGAGCACCACGGCAAAGAAAAACACGGGAAACAUGUUCCCAAAACGAAAGAAAUUGCAGGGUAUGCGAGGGAUUAUCCGGUCCUUCCUCAUACCCCCGUCAGCCACCACCAUCACGCGGAACAUGAGUGCCACGCGGGGGUUGCAACCGGACAUGACCGCAAACGAGAUUCCCGGCAAUAUCUGGAUUCCCACGGGAUGUCGCAUUCCUACCAGAUGCAUUUUAUAGACUCCCAGGGGAUUUACAGAAAAAAGCAUCACAUUAGGGACUAUCAUGGGCACGGCGUGGACGAACUGCACGACUCGGACCACCACCAUUCCGACAAAGAGAAACGCCACAAAGAGAAGAAGGAGUACGAGGAAGAAAAAUCUCCGUCGAAGGACGACGGGCGACCCACUCCUCCUCAGUUUAUCAACAUCCAGUCCGUGCACCACUUGGAAAACAAACAACAAUCUGACGGAAAUACGGCCUUCUUACGUGCCGCUCGGAACGGUCAACUGGACAAGGUCUUGGAACACCUCAAAUCGAAUAUUGACAUCAACACCAGCAACGCAAAUGGUCUCAACGCACUACACCUGGCAUCGAAAGAUGGCCACGUGGACAUAGUCAAGGAACUUCUGAAGCGGGGGGCUAUCGUCGAUGCCGCCACGAAGAAAGGCAACACCGCGCUUCACAUAGCUUCGUUGGCCGGUCAAGAGGAGGUGGUCAAACUACUAGUCCAGCAUGGCGCCUCCGUCAACGUGCAGAGUCAGAACGGCUUCACGCCGUUGUACAUGGCCGCCCAAGAGAACCACGACAACGUUGUCAAGUAUUUGCUCGGCAACGGUGCCAAUCAGAGUUUGUCCACCGAGGAUGGAUUCACCCCGUUGGCGGUGGCGAUGCAGCAGGGCCACGACAAGGUGGUGGCGGUUUUACUGGAAAACGAUACCAGGGGCAAGGUUAGACUCCCCGCUUUGCACAUAGCCGCCAAGAAAGACGACGUUAAGGCGGCGAAAUUACUUCUGGAGAACGAGCACAAUCCAGACGUGACAUCAAAGUCUGGAUUCACGCCUCUCCACAUCGCCUCCCACUACGGCAACCAACAGAUUGCCAAUCUCCUCAUUCAGAAAGGAGCCGACGUUAAUUACGCAGCGAAACACAACAUCACACCCCUCCACGUCGCCGCGAAAUGGGGUAAAACCAACAUGGUGGCUUUGUUGUUGGAAAAGGGGGCGAACAAGGAGGCCAAAACUAGGGACGGGUUGACCCCCCUUCAUUGUGCCGCCAGGAGCGGCCACGAACAAGUUGUCGACAUGCUGCUCGAGAAGGGAGCACCGUUUAGCGCGAAAACUAAGAACGGGCUCGCUCCACUUCAUAUGGCAGCCCAAGGCGACCACGUAGAUGCCGCUAGGAUCCUCCUGUACCACAGAGCUCCAGUCGACGAAGUCACGGUCGAUUAUCUCACAGCUUUGCACGUAGCAGCGCACUGCGGCCACGUGCGGGUGGCCAAGUUGCUUCUAGACAAGAACGCUGACGCCAACGCCAGGGCUUUGAACGGUUUCACUCCGUUGCAUAUCGCGUGCAAGAAGAACAGGAUUAAGGUUGUGGAGUUAUUGCUCAAGCAUGGUGCCAGUAUUGGUGCAACUACGGAAAGCGGAUUGACUCCUCUGCACGUCGCCAGCUUCAUGGGAUGCAUGAAUAUAGUCAUUUAUCUCUUGCAACACGAUGCUAAUCCAGACGCACCUACCGUCAGGGGAGAGACUCCUUUGCACCUUGCAGCUAGAGCUAAUCAGACUGACAUAAUAAGAAUCCUUUUACGGAACGGCGCGCAAGUAGAUGCCCGCGCCAGAGAACAGCAAACUCCUUUGCACAUAGCAUCGCGGCUGGGUAACGUGGACAUCGUGAUGCUUCUGCUCCAGCACGGCGCCAAGGUGGACAACGCGACCAAGGACAUGUACACCGCGUUGCACAUCGCCGCGAAGGAGGGCCAAGACGAGGUCGCCGGCGUCCUCAUAGACAACGGCGCCUCCAUCAACGCCACAACCAAGAAAGGCUUCACACCGCUCCAUUUGGCGUCGAAAUACGGACAGCUCAAGGUAGCCAAACUGCUCCUCCAAAAGGAAGCUCCGGUAGACGCCCAAGGCAAGAACGGCGUAACGCCGUUACACGUCGCGGCGCAUUACGACCAUCAAAACGUCGCCCUUCUUCUCUUGGACAAGGGCGCGUCACCUCACGCUACUGCCAAAAAUGGUCACACUCCCCUUCACAUUGCCGCUCGAAAGAACCAAAUGGAUAUCGCCAACACUUUGCUCGAAUACGGCGCUCAGCCGAACUCUGAGAGUAAGGCCGGGUUCACACCUUUGCACUUGAGUGCGCAAGAAGGACACACCGAGAUGUCUUCUCUACUGCUCGAACACGCUGCGGAUCCUAAUCACCAGGCGAAGAACGGCCUGGUUCCUCUUCAUCUUUGCGCGCAAGAGGAUAAGGUCGCGGUGGCGGAGAUUUUGGUGAAAAAUGGCGCCGACAUCGACGCAGCUACUAAAGCCGGCUACACGCCGUUGCACACGGCGUGUCAUUACGGUCAGACGAACAUGGUGCGGUUUCUAUUGCGAAAUGGGGCAAGCGUGACAUCCACCACCUCUUUGGGAUAUACGCCGCUUCACCAGGCUGCCCAACAAGGACACGCGAACAUCGUUAACGUCCUGUUGGAGCACAAGGCCGAUCCCAACGCCGAAACAACGAACGGACAAACGCCACUGAAUAUCGCCCAGAAGUUAGGGUACAUCACUGUGAUCGAAACGCUGAAAGUUGUGACGACCGUCACCAAUAUAACGACCACCACCGCGAUGACGAUAGAGGAGAAGUAUCGGGUACAGGCUCCGGAAUUGAUGCACGAGACCUUCAUGUCAGAUUCAGAAGAAGAAGGAGGGGAAGAUAUUUUGGACGGAUUCGGCAGCGCACUUCACGAGCGUCACGUUUACCUUCCCUAUUUCAACGGCACAACCCUCGACACCCGCGAGGACACUGUAUUGGGCGACCAGACCUACAGGUACCUAACCGCGGACGAAAUGAAAUCUCUCGGUGACGAUUCAUUGCCCAUCGAUGUGACCAGAGACGAGAGGAUCGACUCCAACAGGAUGGUGACGAGCGUCGACAGUAACAUGCUCCCUCCUCAACACAUCGAAGACUCCAUCAGUCCGGAGCAUGUAUCCAGAAAUUACGUCGAGUACAUUAAGAAGUAUUCUCCGGAUAACGUGGAUAUUUCAACCCAUCCUAUCAACAUAGGGAAACUGCAUUGGAAAAACUUCCUAGUUUCGUUUCUGGUCGAUGCCCGUGGCGGUGCAAUGAGAGGGUGCAGACAUUCAGGGGUGAAAGUCAUCGUUCCACCAAGAUGUGCGCCCAGUCCAACGAGGAUCACCUGCCGCUACGUCAGGCCGCAGAGAACGCCUCAUCCGCCGCCCCUAAUGGAAGGGGAAGCUCUGGCCAGUAGAAUCCUGGAACUGGGACCCGUGGGCGCCAAAUUCCUUGGGCCCGUUAUUAUCGAGGUUCCCCAUUUUGCGGCCCUACGCGGCAAAGAGCGGGAAAUAGUCAUCCUGAGGUCGGAUAACGGGGAGUCGUGGAAAGAGCAUACUGUAGAAGCGUCAGAAGAUAUCUUGAACGAGGUGCUUCACGACAGUUUCGAAGCCGAAGAUCUGAACGAAAUGGAAGACUUGUCUUCGGGCAGGAUCACGAGGAUAGUGACUCAAGACUUCCCCCAGUAUUUUGCCGUCGUGUCCAGGAUAAGGCAGGAAGUGCACGCGAUCGGCCCCGAAGGCGGGAUGGUUUCGAGCACGGUCGUGCCCCAGGUUCAAGCGAUUUUCCCCGAGGGCGCAUUAACCAAGAAAAUCAAAGUCGGUCUUCAGGUAAAUCUCUUUAAGCCGAGGAAGGGUGUACCGUUCGAGAAACUUCGCAAAAUUACCGUCAAUCAUAUACCGAAAAAGAAACGGUGGUCGCUCAUUUGGUAAUCGAUUUUGGUGCGGGAUGCAUAGCUUGGUCGCUUUCGAAAUGCAGGCUAUGAUUUGCGAAUACCAAAAGCAACAGCUUAAGUAGGCUUUAAAAUCGUCAGCAAACGCAGAACUUUAUAGAAUUUGAAAUGAAGUGAAGAGCGACCAUAUAGCUAUAAGGGAGCCCUACUAAAUUGAUGCGCCGUAGCUGGCUAUAAUUUUUUCGUAGAGAACCGAGUAACCGAGUAGCUACAUUGCCGUAAUUUUUAUGGAAAAUUGACAAAUCUGUCAACAACAUCAAUCUCUAAAAUCCGAAAAUAAUUGGCAAUCAUUGCUGUUUUUUUUUUUACACAAACUUGUGUAAUUAACAAACUGUGAUGCCUAUAUAUUUGACAUUUAAGAAGCUGGUAAAUAGACUUACGCAAAUAUUUACAUGUGAAUUUGCUAAACAGAAUUCGCUACAUUUUUAGGUACUCUUAAAUGGUUAUGUUUGGGUAAUAUGUUUUAGUGUAAAAGAAUUAAAGGACAUAUAAGAAAGCAAUUAACCUCAAGUUGAACUUUUACUUGAACAAGCAUAAGAAAUAUCCCAUGGCAAUUACUGUGUAUAGAAGGUGCUUCUUGAACAUUUUUUCAUUUAGAUGUUUCUUGUGCGAUAUGUAGCAUAUCAAAGUUUACAUAAAGAAAGACAUUUAGAAAUCGCAUCUUAUCUACAGGGAUGUAAUUCUGCACUGCUUUUCCAGACCUUAACUCCUUUUUUACUUGAAAAUUUAAUAUGAUUACGGCUUAUUUUGAGAAAAUACUGUCGUAAAAAUGCCGCAUCCAAAAAUCGACGAUCUGUAAGCGGCCAUGUUGUUUGUUGAAUGCUGUAAGGCCUUACGGGUCCUAUGUCAGAACUUUUCAUUAGAGCUGCCAUUGGUUAAAAGUGAAUUUACAAAUUUCGCGCAUGCGCAUGUCGACAGGACCUUCUCAAAAAAAAAUUACAUGGUUGCUUCCCGAGUUCCUGUACUGUCAGCAUAGGCAGGGCCUCUAUAUGUCUAUAUGUCCAUAAAGUUUACAUUUCCUUUCUCUUUAUACAGAGUGUGAAUACAAGCUAGCUAAAAAUUUAAAUUUUUUGGGAAACGUGGGGGUCUUUUACAGUUCUUUAUGCUGUUGGCUGAAUCAACAGAUCAAAAUGAAAAGUACAACCAACCCAUAAGAGCUACCGCCUAAGCUUUCGUAAAGGAAUAACUUGUAAAAUGACUGACUAAUACUAAUAACGUGAAAAACGAAGUUUAUGAAAUGGAAUAGGUAUAAUGAGGCUAGAAGACAAAGCUUUUCUGAUAAAAUAGUUAAUACAUUUCUUUAAAGACAAUAAACGCAUUAUUAGUCACAACAUCUUUUAGAACAAACCAACACUUUUGCACGCCGCCAAGUUGAUGCAAUUUAGAUGGCAUCUGUUACAAUUUUAAAAUAGGAAGGGGCAAGUAAAAUGCAAUGACGUCCCGGGCUGUUAACCUAAUGAUUCACUCAUCUUCUCUAAGUUUUUCUACAGGAAAAAGAAUUUUUUCGCUGCCUUACGCUUACCCAUGUACAACAAGAAGGGAUUUUUUAAAAAUCCGGCGCUAGAUCUAGGAUGACAAAUUCUGAAAAACAUUGGCAAACAAAAAUUAUGCAACUUCUGCGUGUCUCACGGCAUCUACCGUUAUUUUCAUAUGUUUUUCGCGUCGGAUUCUCCAAAUUAAUGCUCAAAAAACAAUGGAAAUCAAUUUUUGUAGGUCAGAUUUCGUAAAUUUUAGAUUUGUUUCUUGCGACGUAGGCAUAUGGAUUGGAAGUCGUACCUUGAUACCAAAUGUUAUAACAAUUUGGUUGAAUCACUAGGGAAAAGCUUUUUGGAUGCUUUUGGAGUUGGCGCAGCGAUUUAUUUCGCGCAAAUCAAAGCCUGUAUAACUGGAAAAGCAAGUAAUAACUUAUCUCUAGUCGUAUAACUAGUCGUAGCUUUUAAGACACGUAUCGACUUGCAACAAAGCAGCGAACUGGGGUGGCAACCCUUUGUUGAAUAGUCAAACUGUUAAAUGGUUAGAAAUUCGGUAAAUUUAUUUGUUGCAGAUCGUUACGUACGGCAGAGUGCCAAAUACCGCGAACAUUUACCUGUUUAACAAUUUACUUAUUCGGUGUUACCAAUUUGCCGCCCCGAACAUUGUACAUUUUUAACGUUACAUGUUAUCAUUCUCAAUAUGGAAAUCGGUUGUAUGCAAAAUUUUGCGCAUUGAAUACUUAGAAUAUACCACAUAUAUAUAUUUUUGAAACGAUAUUUUGGUAUUUUUUUACGUAGCAUAUUUUUGUACAUUGCCGAUAAAAAAAGUUUUCAAAAACGGAGGCCCAUUAAAACAUCGACAUGUUUCAGACUACAAUCAGACAACGAAAUCUUUCUCAAAUUGGGUGAUUCCUACUUUGCCCGCCAGUUUAAUUAAUCAUUCAUACAUCAUUAGCGAUCAAUAACUACUCAACUCACUCGUUUUCUGUGCACUAGCGUUGAAUGUAAUCGUGUGAGUGCCCAAUAAAAUUGUGAAACUAACAAAACUAAUUUUAUUGCUUUCGAAAACGGCGAGAACAACAAAUACUUUGGGCUCGGCCUCAGAUCGGAUAAACGUUACCGCAGAAGUAUUCGUUGUCACAAGCAAAGCACGGUUCUACUUGCCACAGAAUAAUCAAUAGCUCGGCGCAAAUUUUAUUGGGCUCUCAUAGCUCACUACGCGGAUACUCUAUACUCGCAUCCAUCCAUCAUCGUGUUGUGUGACAUUGACCGCUUAUUUAUUUUUAUCGUUUCUUUUUUAUUUUCCGCUGUCGAACCUUGCUUUGU